UUACACCCACUUUGUUAAAAGUAAGCCCGUUCGAAUAACAACUGCUCCAACUUUAAAUUCAUUGUUACUUAAAGAGACCAGGAUACUGAUAACAAACAUAAAUUUAUCACAAUGGUGCUUGUGCGGGGAAUGUACGAGACCUCGGAGCUGGCGGCGGGCUGCAUCGGAUGUGGUGGUCUCUACAUGGCUGGAUGCAAUUUGCUGCCCAUGCAACAUGUGCCCGAUCUUCCAGCGGCUUUGUUCGUCUUGUCAGUUGUGGUCAUAUUGCAUCAUCUGCGGGUGGUGAGCUUGCCUCCAUUAAAGGAGCUGUGGCGUCUACUGCUGGAGCUUGUGGUCCUCUACUUGUGCACCCAGGGCCUUGUGCUGAUUGUGUGGCAGCAGUUCCACUCCCUGAUUGACACGCUGCGGGAUGCGGCACUCAGCACUCGGAUGGCCAUGGAUCUUCUGGGUAGCCAUCCUAAGGUCUUCAUGUUCUUGCGUCAGGACCUCUGCUAUUUUGGGAAGCUUCUCGUAUCCUUGCUGUGCGCCUACCACGCAUUAACGUUUGCUAGCGCCUUGGAUUAUGCUAUUCCACAACGUCGCAGUUAUCGGUAUUACGAGGAUCUAACCACGAAUGAGAACUUCGCCAACGAACGAAAUCGCUCCACCAAAAGUAAACGAAAACCAUCAGCUUCCAAGCGUCCCACCCGGCGAACCAAAACUUAAAAGCAAGCGGAAGAAGCUUAUACUUUUUAUUCAUCCACUUUGAUUACCAAUUUUUAUGAUUUAUGAGCCAAAAAAUAAAUACAACCUAAUGACCAAGGUGAA